GAGCUCUUUCUCUCCUACUAUUGGUUAUCCGAGCUGAAGAUACAGCAUAAGGUUUUCUAGGGUUUCGAAGUCAUGACAAGAAAAUCAUCAGCUCGUUCAGACAAAUCUGGGAAGAACAAGAUCUCGCCGGUGGAUACUGCCGGAAUAAGCUCUGUGUUUGCUCAAGAAAGGAUUUUGGCGACAAAACAUGAAAUUCUCAUGGAGAAUCAUGAGAGUCUGAUCAAAGACUACAACAUGCUAGAGGAAAGUUUUAAACAUGUCAAUGAGAUGCAUGAGGUGAUGAAGUUGUAUCUUGAAACCCCAAUCAAGGAUCUCGAGGAGAAAAAUGAACGCUUGCUCAAGAAUUUAGAGAAAGAGAAAAGUGAGAAGGAGGAGUGUAAGAAAGAGAUGAAGAGAAUGGUGAGUGAGAAAGAGGCCGUCAUCAAUGAAAUGAGGGUUAAGAAUCAGGAGCUCUUGAUUGCAAAAGAGAAAGGAGAGGAGGAGCGGAAGAUGAUGGUGGACAAGUAUGGUGAAUUAAAAGAGAGAAGUGAGAAUGAGAUGAAGAGAAUGGAGACUGAGAAAGAGGCCAUCAUCAGUGAAAUGAGGGUUAAGAAUCAGGAGCUCUUGUUAGCAGUAGAGAAAGGAGAGGGGGAGAUGAAGAUGAUGGUGGACAAGUAUAGUGAAUUAAAAGAGAGAAGUGAGAAUGAGAUGAAGAGAAUGGAGACUGAGAAAGAGGCCAUCAUCAGUGAAAUGAGGGUUAAGCAUCAGGAGCUCUUGAUUGCAAAAGAGAAAGGAGAGGAGGAGCGGAAGAUGAUGGUGGACAAGUAUGGUGAAUUAAAAGAGAGAAGUGAGAAUGAGAUGAAGAGAAUGGAGACUGAGAAAGAGGCCAUCAUCAGUGAAAUGAGGGUUAAGAAUCAGGAGCUCUUGUUAGCAGUAGAGAAAGGAGAGGGGGAGAUGAAGAUGAUGGUGGACAAGUUUGGUGAUUUAAUGGAGACAUCUGAUGCGCCUGAAUCACACUGUUCAUUCUUGAAAUCGGUCUUGGAUGCUAAGAACCGCACCAGUCUAGGAUGGAACGAUGAGGCCUUCAAGGAUGUUACUGUUAACAAGAAUCAGGAGCUCUUGUUAGCAAGAGAGAGAAAAGAGGAGGAUGAUCAUAAUGUGACUUGCAAUAACAACAACGGAAGAGAUGCGAUUGUGAUCAUUGUCGAGAGUGACGGUGAAACUGAAAAUGAGAAUCCUCCUCCAAGAAAGAGCAACAUAAUCCCUCAACAGCCUGUUGAUAUAAAACAAGAACCACAAUCCCAUGGACCAACCUCAUCAAAAGUAUAUGUAAUAUUGUCACCAUCGUCUUCAUCAUCAUCAUCAGAUGAAUAUGGACCAGUUCAGCUUUCCGUUAAGAGGUCCCGGGAUGAUUAUAACAAGUCUUGAACCUUUUGUUUCAAUGCAGUGAGCACAGACUUGGAAGAAGUGAACUUGAAGUUGUUCACUCUUAAAGUUAAGCUAGUGUAAGGUGUAUGUUAUCAUCAGUCUCCGGUGUAUUGUUUUUUUGUUUUGUCCCGGAGUUAUAACAUUUGUUGAGGAGCUUAUGCAAAACGAUUAGGUGAAUAGUUUGUGUAUCUGUUUUUGUAAACAGUAUAUGUUCGGAUU